ACAGUGAAAGGAUAAGGGGUCGUUGCUCCCUCUUCAGUAUUCAACAGAGCACACUGUCCAGAGGGAGGGAGUGAGACAGUUGGGGGGCUAGCGAACUGAAGGGGCCAGAGCCGCAUUAACUCGGUUCAUGUUCGGUGCUAUUUUUAUUAGGAGACAGAAAGACACCCGUUUUACAAAAUAUGGAAACUGAAUAUUUAAUAACCGAUGCGUAUCAACAUGUUUCCUGCUAAUACUUAGCCCAGCAAUACACAUUUAUUUUGGCAUGGUUUUUGCUCAUUUUCGCCUGUUGCAACUGCAAGUGAUUUGAAGCCUGCUAUGGAGUACCUGUUUAGUCAAGAUGAAUCUGAGCACUGACGAUGCGGUUAACUUUUGGAAUAACGGUUCUUCGGAACUCAUCGACGGAACUCUGCUGGGGACACCAUUACCACCCCAAGUAUUUAACUUCUCUAACAACUCAACGGGAAACCGAACCGUGGUCGAUGAGGUGGAUCUCACCCGUGCCAUCCCUCUUGGAUUGGUCUUGGGAGCCUUCAUCGUAUUCGCCAUCGUGGGCAACAUCCUCGUCAUUCUCUCGGUGGUGUGCAACCGGCACCUUAGGACACCGACGAAUUACUUCAUCAUCAACCUAGCUAUCGCUGACCUGCUCCUGGGCACCACAGUGCUGCCCGUGUCCGCCACCCUGGAGAUCCUUAACUACUGGGUGUUCGGACGGAUCUUCUGUGACAUUUGGGCAGCUGUCGACGUGCUGUGCUGCACCGCGUCCAUCAUGAGCUUGUGCGUAAUCUCCAUAGACCGGUACAUCGGGGUGAGCUACCCGCUGCAGUACCCAGGCAUAGUGACUGAGAAGCGGGCCUUGCUUGCCAUGUUCGGCGUCUGGGUCUUGUCCACCGUCAUCUCCAUCGGACCGUUGCUUGGGUGGAAGCAGCCGCCGUCCCCGGACGAUACUGUGUGCCUCAUCACCGAGGAACCGUUUUACGCGCUGUUCUCCUCGCUCGGCUCCUUCUACAUCCCGUUAGUCGUUAUAUUGGCCAUGUACUGUCGGGUGUACAUCGUUGCCAAACGGACUACAAAGAACCUGGAGGCCGGCGUGAUGCGCGAGAGAAUGAACUCCGGCGAGCUCACCCUCAGGAUCCACAAGGGCUCCCAGAUGCACGAGGACAACGGCGGGAGCAGCGGAAGUGGCGCCACGAAGGGCCGCGGGAACCAAACGCGUAGCUCUCUUACGGUGAAACUUCUAAAGUUCUCCCGAGAGAAGAAAGCGGCAAAAACGUUGGGAGUUGUGGUCGGCAUGUUUACACUCUGCUGGCUUCCCUUCUUCCUCGCCUUGCCCAUGGGGUCCUUCAAUGCGAGCUUACGACCACCAGAGACCCUGUUCAAGGUGAUCUUCUGGCUGGGCUACUUCAACAGCUGCCUGAACCCCAUCAUCUACCCCUGCUACAGCCGCGAGUUCAAACUGGCCUUCAUUCGCAUCCUGCGCUGCCAGUGUCACCGCAGGAAACGCCCAGGCUGGAGGGCCUACCAGUACCGCUCGUCCCACCUGCAGUCCUCCGGACACUCCCGCAAGUGCUCCACCGAGCACGCCUCCGGGUGUCUGAACGGGAGCCAGCGCACCAUACACUCCUCCCCCGCCGCCUCCCCCAGCCCCAGCCCAGGGUACCUGGCCAAGGGGCUGGCCACCUGCCCCGAGGGGGACGCGCUGUUCAUCUGGGGGAGGAGCACAUCCUCCCCUCCCCCUCCCACCUCCCCCUCUCCCACCCUCCUGCCGGGGGCUCCCACUGACUGCCAGCAGGGGACGUUGAGGGGGGAGGUGGGGGGGAGGAGGGCCAGGGACGGGGGGUUCGUGUUCACCUUCGGACAGGCUGGGGGCAGGGAGGCGGGGGAGAGCGGGAAGGGCAUUCCGGAGAGUGUGUGACUCUGAGCUUUGCCGAGUUUGGAGACGUUUCAGUCCUUCAGGAGAUCGUCCUCAUGGGGUUCCAAAUGGACAAAAGAUCUGAAUCUCAAACUGAGAUUUAUGUUCCAGUUAAGUCGUUCCUGACAGGGAUUUGAAUGGAAAUGGAGAGACAUGAGGAGACUCAUGCUGGUCCCACAGCAGAGCAGAGGCAGAGACAACCUUGCCACAACAUCAAACAGACUACAUUUCCCAGAGGUCUCCCAGGAUGGAGUUAAGCCAGCGAAUCAGCAGGGAUUAACCACACAUACUGUGAGCGGAUUGGGUUUCAGUGAGAAACAGAUGCAUGUAUAUACCUAGACAGUACUGGUUCUGACAAGAUUCCUGAGUACCACAGUUUAGGAGGAAGAGGUUAAAUGAGUCAACUAAGGAAAGUGAUCGUGUAACACGUUUUGUGAAAUGGGAGAUGAUAUUGUGUUGUGUCACUGUCACUCUGUAUGUUUAUGCAUAAUAUG